AUGUCUGAGAACAUCUCGACUACUCAGUCACUUCCCGACGACAAGAUUAACAAUGUAUAUCGGCAAUGGGCCAGAGGUGGAUGGGGUCUGAUAAUCACAGGCAACGUUCAAGUUGAUGAUCGAUAUCUGGGAACUUCAACAGAUCUGUCCCUCAACUCAGCUCUGAGCGAUGAAGCAAUCGUCAAAUCUUGGUCCGUCUGGGCUCAAGCAUGUAAGAUCCAAGAUACACCCACGAUUAUGCAACUCAACCACCCAGGUCGUCAAUGCCCAAUAGGUGCUGGGAAACACAGUCUUUUGACUAAGAAUCUUGCCCCGAGUGCAUUGGGCUUGGAUAUGGGUCGAGGUCUCUUGGCUAAAUCGAUCUCAAAAAUCGCGUUUGGCGUACCGCGCGAGAUAGAUGCGCAGGAAAUAAACCUGAUCGUCGCCAAGUUUGCCCAGGCGGCUAGGUUAGCUGCCAACAGUGGUUUUGCGGGUGUCGAGAUUCACGCUUCUCAUGGAUAUUUGUUAGACCAGUUCCUAUCUAAGCAUACAAACUUGAGAACGGAUGGUUAUGGGGGUGAUGCAGUUGGUAGGGCGAGAUUGUUGACCGAAGUUGUUGCUGCGGUUCGUAACGUCUUACCUACUGGAAGCUGUAUCGGAAUUCUGGUCAGCGCGGUUGAAGAAAAGGAUGAAGAACAUCUCCAAGACCGUCUGAAGCAGCUGGAUGCUAUCGUCGGGGCUGGUGUUGAUUAUCUUCACAUCAGCGGCGGUACAUUUGAAAAGCCAGCAAUGUUCCUGGGUUCAAGCUUGGGCAAAGUCGAAGAGAAGUCCGGAAGAAUGCAGCCGUAUUUCCAAACAUUCUCCCGUCUACUUAAAUCGCACUUCCCAAGUAUGCCCAUCAUUGUCACAGGAGGUUUUCGCGACAGAUCAAGUAUCGAAAACGCCUUGGUGUCUGGAGAUACAGAUAUGGUUGGUAUUGCCAGACCAGCCGCUGUCAACCCGCAUCUUGCCCAAUCGACAAUUCUCAAUCAAGAGGUUGAUGACAAAAGUGCCACUUUCCAUCAUCGCAAGGUUGAGGCGCCGUGGAUUGUGAGACAGAAUGAUCGAUACGUGCCUCAGGGUAUCAGCAAGAUUGACCCCUAG